AUGGUUUUUACAAGCUUCAUGCAUCACAUGAUGUGCGUGAAUGGCUCAAUAAUGAAGGAGCCUAAAACAGCUUUCACUAAUGCAGAAGCAAGAGGGAGAAGAACACAAUGUGUGGCCAUUGAUGACGAACACCCUACCAAGCUUCUCAAAUCAUGGUUGCAACAUUCCUCGAUGGUGUCACUACUACUUGAUGUAGAUGGAAGAAAAGAAGAUCAGAACAUGGCUGAAAUUAUUUUUGGUGAAACAGCUAAGUACCAUUUAGUACCGUAUGGUCAGAAGAGAGCAAAGUCUGCGUGCUUCUUACUCAAACCUGAGGAUUUCGAGCAAAUAAAACUUCUAACAGAAGACGUUAGAAAAAGAAAUAUUAAUCCAGGAUCGUCACUCUAUGUUUGGACGGCACUCCAAUGUUGCUCGCCUGAAGAAUGGAUAAAGCUCUAUUUCUAUUGGAUAAAGCAACGCAUAACUGUGCAGCUGAGAAGGAAUUAUGAUUCUGAGUAUGCAAAAGAUAAUAUAUGCCAAACUAUUGUCUUAAAGAUCAACGCCAACAAAACAGCUCCAGAAAUGAUCCCUGUUUGUUCUUUACAAUGUUAUUUACCAUUCAUUUGUCAGCAGAAAAGGGGAAAUGCUGCGCAUAACAUCAGUACCUCAGAUGGUGAAAUAAGUAAAAUUUCUACGCUGUCUACAAUAACACUGAUUGAUGACAAAUUUACCAGGACUUCGGCUUCGAAUUUUAGCAGAAAUAGUUCUGCAUCAAGUACGGAUCAUACCGCAUUCCCAGAUCUCACCUCCAACACAACUGAUUUCAACAUGAAGAUGGAUGUAACAUCAACCAAGGCAACCAAAUUCGAAGACAGCUUACCUUUUAGUACUGUUUCAAGCUUAGCACCGAAGCCUGGAUACUGCAUGCCUACGGAAACGCCAUUUCGAAAUUCUUCUAUCAAAUGGCCUGAAACCAAAUUUGGAGAAACUGCCGAAGUUUUAUGUCCUCGAGGCACCUUUGGCACUGCGUUUUGGAUCUGCAAUGCAAAAACUGGAAAAUUUGAAGGCUAUCCUCAACUAAAGUGUGAAGAAUUCUCUUGUGUGAAGCCUCCGCCACGAAAUAAAUCGAGUGCAUGUUAUACGACCUACAUGGUUGAAUACUUUAGGAAAUGCGCAAAUAAGAGUUCUGGAGAGGAGAUAGAAGAUUUAAUGAAAAAUAUGCGACAGAGAAGGAGAAGACUGAAAGAAAAAGAUUUGAACCUGCAUCCCAAGCCGCGCAGAGACAAAACGACGUUCGCAAGAAACGCAUUUGGUGUUUACGACAGAUUUCUCGACAAAGAUGUCGCAAUAUGGAAACAUAUGGGAAAAGAAAAACGUAUUUCGAUGUCAAUGGAUCUCAUUAAGGAAACGGAAGAAACAGCUUGGUUGAUUGCUUGUAGUAUCAAUACCACAACUGGAAUGAAAGAGCAAAAUUUAGCUAUGCAGAUAUUUCCUCUCAACGAAAGGGGGAAUAAACUCAAUAUCGUCUUAAAUUCAAAGGAUGUGGGCUACGUUCAUUUACCUGGAAACCUCAAAGCUAAGACUGAACACAUGUGCAAGGAACCAAUACAAAAUGGAGUGACAGCCACUUACAAGAACAUAGAACAGUUAUUAUCUCCAGCGAAUAGUUUCCAAACCUAUACCAUUGCCAGUGAUCUUAUUGGAAUCAGCUUAGGAGAAAGUAAUGAGACUUACACCCUUCCUCCGGACAGUGAAAAUUUUCGAAUUGUCUUAUAUCAUGCUCCGAAACCUAUGAAUGCUAUUCCAAAAUGUGUUUUUCUGAACUGGAAUAAUUUUAACAAGAGCACUAAAUAUGGAGUUUGGGACACAAAUGGCUGUCGUGUGAUCAACUCAAGUGAUUCCUACACAGAAUGCGAAUGUGAUCAUCUGACAAAUUUUGCCAUCCUCAUGGACUUUGCCGGUUAUGGGUUUAGUGAAAUAGAUGAAAAAAUUCUGAGCCUGUUGUCCCUCAUACUCAGCUGUUUCUCCAUGGUGGCUUUGACACUUACUAUAGCUCUCAUCUUGACUAUUCGGUCUCUUCGAAGCAGACGUAACACAAUAACCUGCAAUCUCGCAAUUUGCUUGUUAUGCAUGAAUAUAUUGGUGCAGUCGGGCUUGCAAAGAGUUGGAACUAUUGGAUGUAUGAUUAUAUCUGGGCUUCUACAGUAUGUCGUUCUAGCUGCAUUUUUCUGGAUGCUUGUAGAAGGGCUUCUCUUGUAUCGAAUGGUAAUACUUGUUUUCGAAACGAAGAAGAUGCGAUUACCACUUGCUUAUGGAUUAUCAUAUG